GAAGGAGGGUUGGCUUGGUGCUGCUGCCUCUGCUACUACCUCCUCCUCGUCCGCCGCCUCCUGGCAGGGAGCUGGAGCUGCCCCCUGGACCCCGUGGUGCAGGGGGUGCGGAGAAGACGGGCUCAGGGAGGCUAUGGGGCAGAUUUCCUUAGGGCUGACUCCCUAGGCAGACUCCCUUUCUCUUCCUCCUCCUCAUAAGGGUUGUUUGUGGGGGGGUCUUUUGGCUGCGCUCCCACAUGCCUGUAGACUCUAGCGUUUAAAAUCCUGCUGAGAAAGGAACGCAGGGUCACCUGGAUUUCGUGGAAACACCUGGGAUCUACAACAGGAGAGAGCAGAAAAAUAGACGUAGAGGAGUGUCGGCAUUGCUAACUGGCCGGGGUACACUUGCAGCGUUGUAAAAGGGCGAGAAAAAUCCUAUAAGGAAUUGGUCAGCUAAACAACUCGCACUGCACGUCUCAUUGGUCAUCAUGGGGGAACAACCCAUCUACAGCACCCGAGCUCAUGUCUUCCAGAUUGACCCUAACACAAAGAAGAACUGGGUUCCCACCAGCAAGCAUGCUGUUACCGUGUCCUACUUUUAUGACAGCACAAGAAAUGUCUAUAGGAUAAUUAGCUUGGAUGGCUCAAAGGCAAUAAUAAAUAGCACUAUCACUCCCAACAUGACAUUCACAAAAACAUCACAGAAGUUUGGUCAGUGGGCAGAUAGCAGAGCAAAUACAGUUUAUGGCUUGGGAUUUUCCUCGGAACACCAUCUUUCAAAAUUUGCAGAAAAAUUUCAGGAAUUUAAGGAAGCUGCACGACUAGCUAAGGAAAAAUCCCAAGAAAAGAUGGAAUUAACAAGUACACCCUCACAGGAAUCUGCAGGUGAAAUUCAAUCUCCUCUUACACCUGAGAGUAUUAAUGGGACAGAUGAUGAAAGGACAACCCCAGAAGUGACACAAAACUCAGAACCAAGGGCUGAACCAACCCAGAAUGCAUUGCCGUUUGCGCAUAGUUCAGCAAUCAGCAAGCACUGGGAAGCUGAACUUGCUACACUCAAGGGUAACAAUGCCAAGCUUACAGCAGCUCUGCUGGAGUCCACUGCCAAUGUGAAACAAUGGAAGCAACAGCUUGCUGCAUAUCAGGAGGAAGCAGAGCGUCUACAUAAGCGAGUGACUGAGCUGGAGUGUGUUAGUAGUCAAGCAAAUGCAGUCCACACUCAUAAAACAGAAUUAAACCAGACUAUUCAAGAAUUAGAAGCCACAUUGAAGAAAAAAGAAGAGGAAAUAGAAAAAUUGAGACAGGAAAUCGAUAAUGCUAGAGAGCUUCAGGCCCAGAGGGACUCUUUAACUCAGAAGCUACAAGAAGUGGAAGUUCGAAACAAAGACCUAGAAGGACAACUGUCUGAUCUAGAACAACGUCUGGAGAAAAGUCAGAAUGAACAAGAAGCUUUUCGCAAUAACUUGAAAACACUUUUAGAAAUUCUUGAUGGCAAAAUCUUUGAACUAACAGAACUCCGAGAUAACCUGGCCAAGCUAAUAGAAUGCAGCUAGAGAAAAUGGGAUCUCAGUGCCAACUUUCUUAAAGAUGCGCUGUCUCUCUUCAUAGGACUUUGUUGGGCUCUGCAUCAAAGUUGCACAAAAUUAGGAAUAUGUUCCUCCAGGAGGGCCUGUUUUAAAUUUUCAACAAUAUAUUUCAGUGUAAAAUUUUAGAAUUCAACUUGUAGCUAGUUGGAAAAAAAAUAACUUGAAUUACAAAUUACCUCCUUGUACAUAAUUGGCCAUAGAUAACUCGAAAGAUAUUAACAGUAAUUGAAUGCAAUCCUUUUCUAAUUAUUAGCCAGUGAAAUAAUAAGAAGUGCCCCAAAUGACAUCCCUGUUAGUGUUAGACACAAAUGUAGACGAUCUGUUUUAUUUUACUUUGUUGGUUAAGGUUGCAAUCCUGUGCAUGUUUGGGCAAGAGGAUGGCCUUCAACUCCCAGCUUGCCCAACCAUCCAUGAAGGCUGGGAAAUGCUGGAAGUUGUAGGACUUCUUUCUGUCAAAACAUACACAGUUACAUAAUUGCAGUGUUUUGUGCAAGAACUUUAUGAUGACAGCCCUGUCUUUUGUUAUAAUCUUAAUAAUUUCUCAGGAUAUUUUGCACUGUUAAGAAGCAGUGCAUUACCAAUUAAUUCUUGCCAGGAGUGAGAGAGAGUUGCAUCUUUAAUUCAAACCUAAUGAAUAACUGCUUGGGUAGAGUUCUUCCCUUUUUUAUACUGGAAGAUACUGUAUUUAUUUAUGAUGUUCACUCUGGUGUUCUAUAAUAUUGUCCAGUGUAUGGUUUACUUUUCCCUAUUUAAGUCCAUGUAUGUAGAAGUUCUGUAUUCCAUUUUGUUGCAUAUUUUGAAGCCAAUCUGUGAAGGCAGGUGGAGUUUCUUCAAAAGUAUUUUAAAAUUUACUAUGUAGAGAUAAAAAGUAUAAGGCUCAAUUUAGUCUUAUUAACCAUUGCAUAGGUUUAAUAUUUGCUGUUACCAAAUUAGGUUUUAAUAAUUUAGCAAGAACUCUCGAUGUUCUGGAACAACAACGAUUUGCAGGGCAUUCUCUGUAUGUUGUUCUUGCUCAGUCAUUUUUUAAAACACUGUGUAAUCAUGGGAAACUGACACCAAGCAUUUUUUAUUCUGUUGGGUCUUCACAUCACCUUAUCAAAAACCACACCAGGCAAUAUUCUGAACUUCAAAACAGGAAUUGAAUUCAGUUAUCCUCAGUGAACAUGUUUUUAAGUUGUUUUGAUGUAAUUUACAAAAGACUUUUGCCAAACAUGUAUUUCUUUAUAUAAUAUUUUUUAUUUUAAAGAAAAAAAAUGAAAAGUAAGCCAAGUGUCACAUGUCUGCUUACUGAAUGGGAACUGCAUUAUGGGACAGUCUUGCUGUAAAUUGUCUAAUAUUGGAGAGGAUUUUAAAAUAUGAAUGAGAAGAAUCAGACACAAGAUGCACUGACCUUUUAUUUACAUCCAAAUUAAUUUGAAUGUUAAAUACAAAAUCCAGCUUGAAUAUAAACUCUGUACAAUAGAUAAUAUUUCCACUUAAGGACUGCUAUUCAAAACUAGAUAAUAUAAGUCGGGUUUUUUAUGUGUGUACUGUAUGUAUAUACUGUAUAAUACACGCAUUCUAAUUUGUAUUCGAAGUGGGAGAGAUACAUGGUUUAAUUUAUAAAAUGCGAUUUCCUUUAUCUGUAAUUUAACAGGUGUCUGCUGAAAUAGCAGGAGUACCAUUUAACUAAACCCUAAAUUAUCAUGUAUUAUACUGUAUGUACUGUACACAUCAUUUAAGUUUCAUCCAUAUUUUAGAGUAUUUUAUCACUGAUUUUAUUUAUUAUUAGGGAAAAUAUUUGUUCACUGCAUUCAUUGGUAAAAGCUUUCUAUGGUGAUUUUUUUUAAAGACUUAAUAGCUAGAUGUUGAUGAUGUGUAACUUUAUCAGGUCCAGGAUAGUAGUGAUUACCUGAUUUUAAUUUACCUGGAGAAGUUUGUACCUGAUUCUCUUGCCAUAUGAGUGUCAACUGGGAACAUCUUCAGCAAAAUAUAAAAUUGGUGUAAUUGUGGAGGAAUGCAAAAUGAUUUAGCUGGGUGUUCCUAAUUAUGACAAGUUAGAACAGAGAAUGAUGGCAAAAAAUGUAACAUUAUUUUUAAUGAGAUCAAAAUUUUUAAUACAAUGACAUUUACAUGUGGGAAAAUAGUUUACAAGAUAUUUCCACUUAAAUGCUGUGUAUAUGUGUGGUACAAGAAAUUUCUUUGUAUAUGUACACACACAUAUGUAUAUGCAGUAUAUGGAAAAAUUUAAA